CAAUGUCCUGGAGUCAGCUGCUGUGUCCCGUAAAGAAGCAUUUAGAAGGCAAGCCAAAUCCCUGUAUUUGUAGUGCAUAGUUUACAAAUAAAAUUACGAUGGCUUCAAAUUCAAACGUCAACCAUACGGUGUAUCCAGAGUACAUUCCUAACUUACAGAUAAAAUCUGAGCCAGGUAUAGAAUCAGAAUCAGCAUCAACGUCAACGAAAACUCCCGACUCUCCCAUGCAGAAUUUAUUAACUAACAUCAAAGUUGAGCCUGGAAAUCCAAUACCAAACAUACCAAACAAUAGAUUACCAUCGUUGUUUGCAAGAAGGGAUUUGACUCUAGGUGGAAAUGUCAAAUUUGAAAAACCAAAAAGAGUUUUUACCCCAAAUAUUAAUGCCCAAAGACUGAAAAAUAGAGAAGAACAGAAUUCAGCUGUUAAAAAGGAAUCAACAGCAAAAAAAGAAAAAGGUCGUGGUCGGGAUAAGGCAAAAAAUGAAAAAGCUAAAAGCAAAGAUGGUAAAGGCAGAGGCAGAGGAAAAGCUGCUAACAAUCUAGUGCAGUCAUCUGGAAUAUUUUCUGAAGGAUUGGCCGACUUACCCAGCAGUAGAAGACCUGGUAGUAACAGCUACAGCAGUUACAGGGAAAAAGAUAGUUCCGGGAGUGAAAGGGAAUCACUUUCAAGGCAAAGGUUAUCUGCAUCCAAAAAAUAUGACAGAAUAGAGACAGGAGAAAAGACAAAAAAGCACCUGAUAGAUGAUACUGACGUGGAUGGAAUGGAUGUGGAUGAGAGUAAUGCACCUCUUACUUUGCCAAUGGUUAGCAAAGCCAAAAUUGCAGCAUUCAAUAAUCAUAAAACUGAAUUUGAAUCCAAUGAUGAAAACACACAUUCAGCUACAUUACUCAAUGGUCAAGAAAAAAAUGAAGUUCAGACAAAGGUUUUGCCAAAAAUUGCAAAAGACUCAAAAGAAACAGUCACGAUAACACAAGUCUUAGAGAAGAACAAUAAGUCAAGUAAUUUUAUUCUCUUACAGUUACCAGACUGUUUACCAGGACUACGUGGGGGUGAUGAAAAGCCUGGUGGCCCAAAAGUAAAACACAAUACUGAACCUGUUAAAGAGAACGCCACUGAAAUUCCAAAAAGUUUUUGCACUCUAACUGAUUUAAAAGAAGGAAUGCUUGGCAAAUUACAAAUUUUGAAGUCUGGUAAAGCACGCAUGAUAUUAGGAGAGAACAAUCUUAUUGUGGAACUGGGUUCUACUGUCAGUUUUCGUCAGGAUCUAAUAGCUGCAAAAAUAGACGAAAUGGUACACGAUCUCGUUAAUCUGGGAAGAAUCAAUAGUACAUUGAUAUGUGCUCCUGAUUGGGAAGAUUUGUUAAAAAUUUUGUGAAAGUAAAGAGAUUGUUUAUAUAUUUUUUUAUUUAUUUUGUAAGAAUUCACCUAC